ACAGCAGCCCACAUUCUCUUGACCUUCUUGAAAAUGUGGCAGUUUUGCAAAGCAUCAGCUUAACUAUUAAAGAUAGUUAAAAAAAAUAAAAAUAAUUAAAAGGGCAGUCAUGUUCCCAGAAAUGCCCAUAACUGGUGUUUUAUUCCAUAUACCACUGUUCUUCCACUAGGUUCUGAGCACAUGAUGAAAACUAUCCUAAGGCUGUCUCUCUCGCCGUAUUCCCCUUUCUCAAUCUAAAAGAUCAGCCAAAAGCUCACAGAGGUUCCCCUGCACAAGGCAGCAAAGUGAGAUGCCAAAAGCCUUUUGGAAGGUGAUCUUCCAAAAUCAUUUGAGUUCUCCUAAUCCUGUUAAUGUAUCUUUGGAUGUUGCAACGUUACAAACAUAAUCUGUGCUAAAUCCAGCCAUUGUCCGAUGUCAACUGUUUGGCAGCAAGUUGGGGAAUCUCCCAGAGCAUCCUAGUUUGGCCCUGAUGAAGGCAGGGUGCCCAGAGAGUGUACCGCUAAGGCCACUGCCUGCUUUCUCUGGGUCUUCAGAACGCUGCGGGGGCGUUUCUGAGCUGCAGGGGCGGGCAGAUACCACGCCUUCCCUCUCCACCUUCCGGUUGGGUACCCGGGCUGGGAGCAGGAACUAAGGCAGAGCUUGCAGCCAGGUGCUAGCAUGCUGGUGUCUAGGCGUGGUCCUUGGGCAGGUCUACCACUUCCAUCCGUAGGUGCCUACCGCCUCGCCUCGCACUUUCUGGACGGCCUCCGUCAGGCCACCCCUUUGCCCCGCUGUCCCCGCACGAGCCAGCUGCUCUGGGCUUUGGGCCCAUCAGGGAACGGCGUACAGUUGGCGGCCCCGCGAGGCGGCGCGGCCUGGGAGGCGGACCGCAGGCGCUCCAUUCCCUGAAGCGAGUGUUUCCUGGGAUCCCGCAGCGCAGACCCGUGCGCCAGCCUGGGGUCCAGCAUCCCUGCCGACCCUUCUAGGAGCAGCGUGAGCGGCACCGCUGCGGGAGCAGUGCGACCGCACCCGGCUCAGCAGUCAGGAUGCUGCCGGUGUACCCGGAGGCGAAGCACAACCCGCUGCGGGACUCGAACAUCUGCUCGCGCCUGUUGUUCUGGUGGCUAACCCCCCUGUUGCGAGUUGGCUACAAGCGGAGGUUAGAGGAAGAUGACAUGUACUCGGUGCUUCCAGAAGAUCGCUCUGCGCACCUUGGAGAAGAGCUGCAGAGGGUGAGCAGCAGGUACUGGCAUCGAGAAGUUUCGAGAGCUGAGAAAGAUGCACAGGAACCUUCUUUAACGAAAGCCAUCAUCAAGUGUUACUGGAAACCCUAUUUAGUUUUGGGAAUUUUUACGUUUCUUGAGGAAGGCACCAGAAUAGUUCAGCCUGUCCUUUUGGGGAAAAUUAUUAGUUAUUUGGAAUACUAUGAUCCCAGUGAUUCUGCCGCCUUCCACGAAGCCUUGGCCUACGCCGCAGGGCUGAGCAUCUGCGUGCUCACCUGGGCCUUUCUGCACCACUUGUACUUCUAUUACAUUCAGCGUGUGGGGAUGAGGCUGAGGGUAGCUGUGUGCCACAUGAUUUACCACAAGGCACUUCGCCUGAGCAACUCGGCCACAAGGGAGACCAGCACCGGCCAGAUAGUCAAUCUGCUGUCCAAUGACGUGAACAGGUUUGACCAGGUGACGAUGUUCCUGCACUUUCUGUGGGUGGGGCCUCUGCAGGCUGUCGUGGUGACUGCCCUGCUCUGGAUGGAAGUAGGAAUAUCGUGUCUUGCGGGGAUGGCGGUUCUAAUUCUUCUCCUGCUUUUGCAAAGCUGCAUCGGGAAGUCGUUUUCAUCACUCCGGAGUAAGACUGCAGCUUACACAGAUGACAGGAUCAGGACCGUGAGUGAAGUUAUAACUGGCAUCAGAACAGUAAAAAUGUACACUUGGGAAAAGUCAAUUAUGGCUCUUAUUGCCAGAUUGAGAAGGAAGGAAGUUUCCAAGAUUCUGAGAAGUUCCUACCUUAGAGGACUGAAUUUGGCCUCAUUUUUUGCUCUGAGCAAAAUCAUGGUUUUUGUCACCUUCAUCACCAGUGAAGUCCUUGGCAACGUGAUCACAGCCAGCCAAGUGUUUGUGGUGGUGACACUGUUCGAGGCUCUGCGGUUGACGGGCACCCUCCACUUCCCCAUGGCCGUCGAGAAGGUGUCCGAGGCGGUCGUCAGCAUCCGAAGAGUCAAGGUUUGGAGGAGCAGUAGCAGCAGCACAGGGCCUCUGGGAUUGGCAGCUUUUGGAGGAUGGGACCUAACAGUUGGAGACCGGGGAACCCCGCUGAGCGCAGGGCAGAAAGCCCGAAUCAGCCUCGCAAGAGGAGGUGAGCGUGUGGACCCCUCCCCAGGUGGGCGCCAUGGGAAGCAGGAGCCCGGCCCUUUCCCUGGGCUCCGGGAAGGAAUGCGGAGAUGUUGGACGCUGUCAGGAUCCAGAGAUGGGAUCCCAGGAGCGGGAAGCGUCCUUCUCCUGACGUCUCUCUACAUUUCUAGAGCCGUGUAUCAGGACGCGGACAUCUACCUCCUGGACGACCCGCUCAGCGCUGUCGAUGCAGGAAAAGUUAGAGGCCUUAGCUGCGCAGAUACCCGAAUCACCUGUGUCCAGCUGUCCUGCCCCACAUCCCCAGACCCCGCCUCCCGCAUCGUCAGUUCUCCACGGGUCCUCAUCAGACUCCCAGGAUGCAGCUCCAGGGCCUCAAACCAGAGAACAGGCUUCUUUGCCAUCUGCCCCCAUCAGCCUUUCCAGUUCGUCCCCACACCCCCUGGGUGUCUCAGCCAUGCUGGCUCUGUGGUGGCCCUUUCUCACACCUGUCUGUCUAGUAUCGUCUGCUUUCUGGACCUGCAGGUGUAUCCUCGGCACUUAGGACAGGGCCUGCCUCCUCCACCAACCUCUGCUGAGGGACUCUUACACGGGGUUGUUCACAGGACUGUAGGAUCACCGCAGCCCCUGUGUAAGAAUAACAGGUGUAUCCGCCAAGCCUUGCAUGAGAAGAUCACAAUCUUAGUGACCCAUCAGCUGCAGUACCUAAAGGAUGCAAGUCAGAUUCUGAUAUUGAAAGAUGGCAAAAUUAUGAAGAAGGGGACUUUUGCUGCGUUCCCAAAACCUGGGGUAGAUUUUGAAGAUAUCCCUUUAAAGGAGAAGGAGGCUGAACCACCUCCAGUUCCAGACUCUCCAACUCCGAGGAGUCAGGCCUCUGAAUCUUCUGUUGAGUCUCAAGAGAAUCCCAGACCCUUGUUGGAAGACGCUGCUCCUCAGGACCAAGACGCUGAGAAUAUACGGGUUACACUGUCACUGGAGAGCCGUUCAGAUGGAAAAGUUGGUUUUAAGACCUACAAGAAUUACUUCAUAUCUGGCGAUAACUGGUUUAUCAUCAUUUUCCUUAUUCUAGUAAACAUUGCAGCUCAGGUGUCCUACGUCCUUCAGGAUUGGUGGCUCUCAUCCUGGGCAAAUGGACAAAGUUCCCUGUAUGCCAUUGAGUAUUUAAAAGGAAAAAUAACUUUCAUACCUGAUCCUGUCUGGUACUUAACAGCUUAUUCAGUUCUAACUGCAGGUACCAUCCUUUUUGGCAUCACAAGGUCUCUGUUGAUGUUCUACAUCCUUGUUAAUUCUUCACAAACUUUUCACAACAAAAUGUUGGAGUCCAUUUUGAGAGCUCCGGUCUUGUUCUUCAGUAGAAAUCCAACAGGAAGAAUUUUAAAUCGUUUCUCCAAAGACACUGGGCAUAUGGAUGACUUGCUGCCCCAGAUAAUUCAAGAUUUCAUGCAGACAUUUCUUCUUGUGAUGGGUGUUGUGGGCGUGAUGGUGGUGGUGAUUCCUUGGACCGCAAUUCUCCUGAUUCCACUUGGCAUCAUUUUCUUUGUUCUUCGGAGAUAUUUCUUAGAGACGUCACGAGAUGUGAAACGCCUGGAAUGCGCAACUCGGAGCCCGGUCUUUUCCCACCUAGCAUCUUCUCUCCAGGGACGCUGGACCAUCCGGGCGUUCAAAGCGCAGCAGAGGUUUCAGGAGCUGUUUGACGCUCACCAGGAUUUGCACUCAGAGGCCUGGUUCUUGUCUUUGACCACGUCCCGAUGGUUCGCCCUGUGCCUGGAUGCCAUCUGUGCCAUCUUUGUCAUUGGUGUUGCCUUUGGGUCCCUGUUUCUGGCAGAAACUUUGAAUGUCGGGCAGGUGGGCCUGGUGCUGUCUCUCGCCCUCACGUUCAUGGUGAUGGUCCCGCGGUGCGUCAGGCAAAGUGCCGAAGCCGAGACUAUGAUGAUUUCAGUAGAAAGAGUGACUGAAUAUAUAGACCUUGAGAAAGAAGCAUCCUGGGAAUACGAGUAUCGUCCACUGCCAUCCUGGCCCCAUGAAGGAAGGAUUCACUUUAGUUAUGUGAGCUUCAGGUACAGCUCAGAUGGGCCUGUGGUACUGAGUGAGCUGGUGCCAUGGAUUACCUCAAGAAGCAAGGUUGGCAUUGUGGGAAGAACAGGAGCUGGAAAAAGUUCCCUCGUCUCAGCCCUUUUCAGAUUGUCAGAACCCGAAGGUAUAAUUCGGAUUGAUGGGAUCAGGACAACCUCCAUUGGACUUCACGAUUUAAGGAAGAAAAUGUCAGUCGUACCUCAGGAACCUGUUUUAUUCACUGGAACAAUGAGGAAAAAUCUGGAUCCCUUUAAUGAGCAUACGGAUGAGGAACUGUGGAAUGCCUUAGAAGAGGUUCAGCUUAAAGAAGCCGUUGAAGGUCUCCCUGGGAGACUGAAUACUGAAUUAGCAGAAUCUGGAUCGAACUUGAGUGCUGGACAGAGACAGCUGGUGUCCUUUGCCAGGGCUAUUCUCAGGAAAAAUCAGAUAUUGAUUAUUGACAAAGCCACAUCCAAUGUAGAUCCAAGAACUGAUGAGUUAAUUAAGAAAAACAUCCAUGAGAAAUUUGCCCAGUGCACUGUGUUAACCAUCACAAACAGGUUGAGCACCGUUAUUGACAGCGAAUUUGUAAUGGUUUUGGAUUCAGGAAGACAAAUAGAAUUCAGUCAGCCAUAUAAGUUGCUGCUAAAUAGAAACAGCCUAUUUUACAAGAUGGUGCAACACCUGGGGGAGGCCUAGGCGGCUGCCCUCACUGAGACAGCAACACAGGCAUACUUGAGGCAGAUUUUUCACAGGGAGCACGUGAACAAGUUAUGA